AUGGCAACCCCUAUAAGCCAAAUCAUGCCUCUCCGAAUGAAAGGUCAAAUGACAUGUAGUUAUCAUAAGGGGAGACAACUGGACUUUUUCUGUGAAAAAUGUUGUGAACCGGUCUGUCCAAAAUGCCUUUCUUCUGUUCACAAAGGCCACAUCGUAUGUGAAAUAAGUGAAAUCACUCCUCAAAAGGAACCAGUCAUUAAAAACUUUAUAGACACGACAGAAAAAAAAACCCUUGUACAAAUUGGAAAAUACAUCAACUCUACUGAUUCACUCCUUAAAGACAACACUAGUACUUUUGAGAAGCUGUCACAAAAGUUAAAGAUGCAAACAGAUAAAUUAAAACAAGAGCUGGACAUGCUUACAGCACAGACACUCUUUCUUUAUCACAAAAUGGAAGAGGAUAAUACCAAGCUGAUAAAGAAAUACAAAAAGGACAUGGAGAUGUACGAAGAGCAACUCAAAGAACAAAUUCAAGAAUGUAAAGCAGCUCUCCAGCGUGGUUCACACAUACAGAUUUAUGAAACAUUUUGUGAGAUCCUUUCUCCUACAUACAGUCUCCCUGUAAAACCUGUCCUGGGUACUGCCAACUUUAAUCCAAAUGAAAAACCUCAACAUCACUUGAAAAAAGCCUUGGGAAAAGUUAUCACCUCAGGUCAAGGUCAAACUUUAACUGACCAGAAUCGGUCAGUCUCAAUGUCUGAUGAUCUGGGACAACCCUCUACACAACAACAACGGUCAGAAACAAAAGUGAAGAAAGCAGUGACAACAUACACACUACUGCCACAGACCAAGGUAGUGGAGGAGUGGGAGUCUCCAUGUCUCAUUGGUUCUAUAUGUCCAACCACUGAUGGUCAGGUGUGGAUCACGGACGAGAAAACACGAACUCUCCUGGACAGGAAGGGUAAAGUAAUACAGGAGGUCAAACACAAUGUCUGUAUCAGUGCCAUCAGUCUGUCACCCACCACACACACACUGUGGGUUUGUGACAGAGACAACAACAUCAUGGAGCUGGUAUCAGGACGACUGACACACAGAUUCAGUACCAAGGAGGAACCCUGGUGUAUAUGUAUUACAGCCAGUAAUCAUGCCAUUGUAGGGAUGCCCAGACACAUCUCCAAAUUUACUUCAGAUGGUGACAUCCCCAGUACAUAUAGACCAACACCACAAACAAGAGGUAAACCAUUUUACCCCAGUGAUGUGGUGUAUGACAGUGUGGGGAACCUGACCAUAGGGGACUAUAACAACUACAGGGUCGUACUCAUCAGUGGAGGUGGUGAGUUCCUCAGGAUCGUACACACUGACACAUGCCGUCCAUGGGCUGUAGGUGUAGACAGGGAGGAUGUCCUGUGGGUAGUGUUUGGGUUAUUGUUUGGGUUUGCGUAUGCGGGUAACACAGUCAAACUACUACAGUACAGCAGUGUGUGCCACCUGUAA